AUGCACAGCAUAACGUCGGCAUUUGACGGGUUCCCCGGUCUCCGGAGCCGCUACGACCCAGAGAUACUCCCUAGCCAGGCCACGUUGCUUUCAGGUGCGAUAUCGGUGUUCGAAAACAAGCUCUCGGGGCACCAAGGUAGCGCCGCGCCCGAAUCGAGAGCUUCCCCGGAAUACGCUUCAUUGUGGUACGAAGACGAGGGCGGGCAGGAAAGGGGAUUGAUAUCGAAAGAGAGCAUAAGUGCUUGGGAAAUGGCUCAGGUUAUCACACUGUGUUCUGUAUUGCCGAGCCUGUGGUGGCUUCGAAGGAGGCGCAAGGCUUCCAUCAUCACUGAGUUGUCGCAAGACGAUAUAAAGAACGAAACAGGUGUUGUGGAUACCAAUGAUGCUAUGACCACGGAUCCAGGGCUUCUCAAGAAGCACUCCCAAAUCAGAUCCUACACCACGAGCCGAUUCACCUACCCCAAGCUCCGCAUAUUCUAUCAUAAGCACCCACAAGCUGGCAAGCUCCCUAACGAAUCAGCACCACUGCCCCUUCUUGUCUGCAUACACGGCCUGGGAGGUUCCGUUGCACAAUUUCAUCCACUUUUGACCAGUCUCGUCAACCUAGCACCGUGCCUUGCUAUAGAUCUUCCGGGGUGCGGCCAAUCUGGGUUUGACCCCAUAGCAUGGAGUGCGUACAGGACAGAAGCCUUGACUGAACUGCUGGAGGUCAUCAUUGAUGACUACAGAGAAAAGAACCAAGGGGUGGUUCUCAUCGGUCACAGCAUGGGAGCUUCCUUGGCCGCUAUGCUAGCUUCUCAGGCUACUAAUACACAUCCCAACACUCUAUCAGAGUAUAUUGUUGGCAUGGUAGGAAUCUGUCCGAAGGCCGAACCCCCCACGGAAGAACAAGUAGCAGUUUUCAGGAAGCUCCUCUGGGUGCCAGGUCCCUUAUUCAACCUCUGGCGCAAAUGGGAUCGUCGAGGAGGAGCCGAAAGUGUCAGUGUCUACAGAUUUGUUGGGGCCGAUGCCGACGAAGAUACCAAGCGACUUCAGUAUCGAUUCAAUGCGCAAAGCAGGACCCCAGUCUGGAGGCGCAUGGCGAGCGGCACACUACCAGUAUACGAGAACGGUGUAGCGGAUGGGGGAUUGCCUGGCAGAGACACAUGGGCUGGUCUUGAAGUGCCAGUGUUACUAGUGGCAGGAGAAGCCGAUCACAUCACGAAGUCUAGCGAGAUCGACAAAAUUGCCUCAUUUAUGGGGAAAUCUCACCCCGUUCAGGUUGAGGUCGAUGCAGAUAUCCAACCAGUUGUUGAGUCGGCAUCCUCCGCAGAUGCGGGAACGGGGAAACGAGAUGAAGUUGAAGAAAAACUUGAUUCUUUGCAAGAAGAGAAUUUUGUUGAAAUCGGCCCGAGCACAAGCGAAGAUGCCCACGAGGAUCCUUCAACCCCCACAGAUGGGUUAUCAGUGAUUCCUCCCCAAUCCUCGAAGCCGAAAAGGGUUCUCAAAACCACGAUUCUACCAGCACCAGCAUCGCACGCGCUUUUGUACCAACCAGCCACAGUGAGAAUUCUGGCGGGACUUGUUUCGGAUUUUCUUUCCAGUCAAGUUUCGCCUCGUCUCUCACUUGGCUGGCAGCUGCAGUUCUUGUCCACUUCUGGGAAAUGGGACGUCAAGAAUCUAGAGAAGUGGAAGAAGGUUGCUCCUGUCUCUGAGCCCAUUGCCGGUAUAUUCCGGGCGAUGAAGACUUUGCGGGAGGUCGAUGAAACCCACUGCCCCGAAAUCUUUGUGAAAGAUUGGGGAUCUCAAAUCAAAGAUAUUGUAGACAUCUCACAUGAGAGCCCAGUCUACGAUCCUCGAGGCCUUGAGAAGGGGGGCAUCUACUACCAUAAGUUUCCCACAGUAUCAAAGAUUCCUCCGACUGACGAGGAAGUCGCAGCUUUUAUCAUAGUUAUCGAUCGCUUACGCGAGGAACAGACAGCCAGAGCAGAAAAGGAAGGCUGGACAGAAGACCAUUACAUUGGCGUCCACUGCCACUACGGCUUCAACCGUACAGGCUACUUCCUCGUCUGUUAUCUUGUUGAGCGGCUGGGCUAUGAUGUCCAAGCGGCCAUUGACGAGUUCGCAUGCCAGCGGCCGAAGGGCAUCAAGCACGUCCACUUCAGGGAUCGCUUGUUCUUGAAAUUCUGCCGCGGGCUGAAAAGAGCUCCUACGCUUUGA